AGAGAGAGCACAGCGUUGAAACAGGGACUUCCCUUAGCCUCCAUCAUCUGCAGGGAGGGAAACAGACUUUCACACACACACACUGCCUCCCACGUACACACACACGUACACCGCGCCGAGCGCUAGCAAGAGGCUUCACACGAAAUCCAGACAAAGGGACUGUAACCUGCAACGAUGGAGGAAAACAUGGAUGAAUCCCAGAGCCAGAAAGGCUGUAAGGAGUGCUGUGAGCGAUGCGUCGGCAGUCUGCCCUGGGCCUCCCUCAUCGCCACCAUCCUCCUCUACAUGGGCGUGGCCUUGUUCUGUGGGUGUGGCCACGAGGCUCUGAGCGGCACCAUCACUAUCCUCCAGAACUACUUUGAGGUGGUCCGAGCUCCUGGAGAUGUCCUGGACGUGUUCACCAUCAUCGCCAUCCUGAAGUACAUCAUCUAUGGCCUCGCAGCUGGUUUCUUUGUGUUUGGAGUGCUGCUGCUGGUGGAGGGCUUUUUCACCACGGGAGCCAUCAGGGAUCUCUACGGCGAGUUCAAGAUCACCGCCUGUGGACGCUGCCUGACUGCAUUUCUGAUGGUUCUGGCCUACCUUUUCUUCCUGGUUUGGCUUGGAGUGACGGCAUUCACCAGCCUCCCGGUCUUCAUGUACUACAACGUCUGGGCCAUGUGUCAGAACGCCAGCUCAGUGGAGGGAGCCAACCUCUGCCUGGACCUGCGUCAGUUUGGAGCGGUGACCAUCUCGGAGGAGAAGAAGGUGUGCAUGGGGUCUGAGAAGUUCUUCAAGAUGUGUGAAUCCAACGAGCUGGACUUGACCUUCCAUCUGUUCGUGUGUGCGCUGGCGGGAGCAGGAGCCGCUGUCAUCGCCAUGGUCCACUUCCUGAUGGCCCUGGCCGCUAACUGGGGCUACCUGAAAGACGCCAGCCGGAUGCAGAAGUACGAAGACAUAAAGUCAAAGGAGGAGCAGGAGCUGCACGACAUCCACUCCACGCGCUCCAAAGAACGCCUCAAUGCCUACACAUAAACCCAGAGCUGCCGGAAACAACACACACUUACCUGUCAGACACACACACACACACACAGACAUACACACAGCGGCUGAUACAAGCCUGAGGACAGCAUAAAUCCACCAGACAGGAGAAACACACACACACAGAGACGAGAAGGCAGAAACAAGAUGACAACUCAGACACCAUCAUCAUCCUCGUGUCUGCAGCAGAUCAUUGGCUCUGGUGCUUUUUUUAACCUGACCUUAAACUAAACACAUCAGCUCCGGUUCUUAAGAACCUACUUGUGAUAUUUCUUGACUCAAAGGUCCCCAAAAAUGUGUGAGACGUUACUGAGAAAAAAAUGAUUACAGCACAAGAUUUACAGAAACCAGCAUAACCAACAGAGACCAAAAACAAUGAGCCAGAAGAACCCAAAGAAAGUGCAGCAGGGCUGAAUUUGGUGAAAGUUUCUGCAUCCCUGCUGAAGCCAGCAAUCCCCGGCAGACACGGGAUGAGUUUGGUGUCUAGGAGCUCAUCAACCAAUAAGCUUCCCCUUUAUUUGACCUGCAGCAACCCCCCCCCCCACACACACACACACACACACACGGAGACAUGUAGAUGUGACUGAAUGGUCGGUGUUGUGCAGGCAGUGUUGUUCGGUGGUGUCAUGCUGUGUUGUGUCCUUUCACCGCACUACGAUGGCCGGUGCUGCAGAGAAAUAAGGUCCCCAGAGGAGAUUUGUGCCUCCUGGGUGCAGAUGGGUAGCUUUGCCCCCGCCCCCCCAACCCCCAAAACCAGUCCCCCCAACCUGGAGACCAGUUUCACUGCUGGCUCCUAAAAUUAUUCAACUUCCUGAUCUAGAACCAGCAAAACGAAGACAUUAGAUCGAUAAAAGUCCAGAAUCUAAAAUUGCUUCAUUCUUCCCGUGUGAAACUAUCGAGCAAACAGCAAUGAAAAUUAUUUAAAAAAACUCCAGGGAAGCUGGUCCCCCCCCCCCCCCCCCCCCAUCCUGCCCCGUUUACCCCCGGAUUGUACAAACUUGUCGUUUGUCCUCAGAGACAGCACAUCCUAGCAGCACAAAGUCUUUUUGUCCUGUUAUCCGUCCGUUUUCAUCAUGAUUUUCCUCACUUUUUGCGGGAUUUUUGAUUAUUUAUGUGUAAUUAUAGCACUGAGGGUAUUUGAGCGGGAGGUCAGGGGUCAGCUGGGAAUUGGGUUUAUGUCACAUGUUCAUGUAAUGAGUCUGUAUUUCAGUGGUUCUGCACAAACACUCACACAUGCAAGCACACGAACACACACAGCUUCAUUCUGUUGUCACGAUUUCUUCUGUUCUCAACCAGCCCAAAUGUGACCAAAUGUUCUCUGUAAGUUAGAAAACCACCGAUAGGAACGGCUAACGUGUCAGCGGGAGGCAGGCGGGUAAGAACGGGGUUUUCACUGCAGGAUUUAAGUCCCAGAACAUCCUGAAGGUGCUGCUGGGACCACUCUGACCGCCGUAGUGAAGGUGGGAGGCAGCAGCAGGAAAGGCCGGAACGAGAGACGUCCAGCGAAUAAGCUACAUGUUCAGGAUUAGUUUUCUGGAGGGUUUGUGUGGUUUUAAAACUUAUUCGGUGUCUUACACAGCGAUCUCCUCAGGUGCUUCAGAGCUGGAAGCUGGAAUCUGGAUGAUUUGGGACCAGCUCCAGAUAGAAUCAGAUGCUUGAGAUGUUGACUUCUAAAUCAACUUGUCACCUUAAAUUUUGCCAGAUUUGACCAGAGAGCAGCUCAGUCUCUGUGAGAUGCAGCGUCCUCAGCUCUUCAGACUAAAGAGACAGACUUAGUUUCCUGAUUUCAGUUUGUUUGACGAGUCUCUAUCGGCCAGUAGAGAUGAGCCAGAGAGGUUUCUGUUAGUCUUCAGGAAAGAGCUCGAUGAGUAAGGCGACGACUUCAGUUUGAUUUAAAGACACACACACACACACACACACACACACCACCGUCACUCUGAGCCAUAACUCUUUUCACUGAUGACAUCUCACUAUUUUAUUAUCAACUUUGAAACUUUUUAAAUGUGAAACUAUUUAAUUAGAAAGACAUUGUGUUUCUUUUUUUUUUUUUGUUUCUGCGCGGGCAGUGAGAAGGACUGCCCCUGCAGCAACGCUGUAUAAAGAUAUACAUAUAUGUGAGACAGUGGAGGCGAGCAGCCGGGAGGACGGACUCCUGUCGGCUCCAGAGUCUGGAGGAGGCGGCUCAGUCCCAAUGUCCUGGGCCCGCGCUCCCUGCAGGAAGCUGCAUUCACACCCAGGCACGGCGUGAUUGGACUUAAACGAGCUCAAAUUAAUCCGCAGCAGAGAAGAAGAAAACCGGGCCGGACGUAGAACCCCAUGCAGACGGCACCUGUCUGCAGGGCCGUUGAAUAGGGGGGAAAGUUAGGGCAAUUCCAAGGGCCCCCGACUCACAGGGGCCCCCAAAAAGAAAAUGUUAUGUAGUAAUAUGAGCUUUUGAGAUUAUUCAGACCUUCUUGUCGCGGGGCCCAUAAUUCCUGGCGGCUCCCUCGCCUGUCUGGGUUUGAAUCUGGUGAAAAUGCAGCUGAAUGUGAGGAAAGAAAGCCGGCGGCCAUGAUGUGGGAGACUCCUGCAGACUCGCGUCCUGUUCAGGUGAAUCCCGGCUGCGAGCGGUCAGUAUUUUUAAGGGUCUAGUUUUACAGUAACAGUAUUCUAUCAUUUCAUUGCCUGACAAUGGAUGUCUUGUCAGUGUUUUUAACCUCAGAUAAAAGAAAAAAUAGUUUUUUGUGCACUUAUUGACCAUUGUGAGCUCUCUCUCUCUCUCUCUCUCUCUCUCUCUCUCUCUCUCUCUCUCUCUCUCUCUCUCGAUGUGUAAGUGCAUUGAGCCCCCCCCCCUCCCUCCCCACGCCGGGGCCUGUGUAUAGUCUUGCAGCAUUGGUUAUAACCUGAACAAAUAAUGAUGAAAACGAAUGAAUUCAUAACAAUGAAGAUAAUCUUAUUCUACAUAAAAAAGACAGUGAAUCUAGUUGUUGUCUGUGGCAUGGUUAUGCAUUCAAUGGUCAUCAUUUUAAAGAUUUUAAAAUGAGAAUUUUAAAAUGAAAAAAGAAAAAAAAAGGUCUUCUUUUCCACUGGCGCUGUUCUGCUGUUUCUUGUUUUAUUCCCACUUCUCAGUGUGCAGUAUUGCAGUUCCUGUUGCUUAUGGUGUUGCUAAGCUCGCUUGCUUGCUCAGUUGUUUACCACCAGAGCAAUAUAUGGUAGCAGUUUGACUCAAUCGAGACGUGAACAAGAAAUCCAUCCCCUUAAAUCUCCAACAUCCAAGUGCAUGAAUCUUUGAUUGCAAGUCUUAAGUGAUAUGAUUAUGGUGUUCUGUAUUGUUUCUCCUAAUAAAGCGGAUUUGCAGAUGUGGUGUAAUGUAUUGCUCUGGCCAUCCGUCAUCACGCCUCCACCCCUGCUCACAUCCUCCUCCUCCUCCUCGGCCUUCAGGGCGCUCUCACGCUCCAGCUGAGACCCGUUUCAGAUUAUUUCAGUCUGAAAGUGGUUCCUGUUUGGUUUGCAGCGUUGCUUCGCUUCACACAAAACAACUGAGGUUCUCCAUCACGACUACAGCCCGCUGUAGCUUAGCAACAAGCAGCGCACAGCUCAGACGGCCAUCUGCACCAGCAGGUCCGUCAUUCCUGAGGCCAGAAUCAAUCAAACGCAGAUUGGAUCAGUGGUUUCUGACCCAAAGUCUCGCUCCAUCACCCGGGCUGUCUGAUGGUGUUUUCAGGGUGAGGCAGUGAGCAGCUUGUCCUCCAUUCAUUUUCAGUCUCCAUCCAAAGAUCAGCUCUGAUCCUCUGUGUACCUGCUGACUGCAGCUGAACAUGGACCCAUCAUUCCAGGAUCCUGAUCUCACUCAGGAUUCACAAACCCUCCGUGUCAGCAGAAAAAAAGCAUGAAUUAUACUAAAAUCUGACCUCCAGUCCUCUGUGAGAAGAUCUGAGCUGGUUCUUACAGGGUGGAUGAUCAGCUUUCUCCAUCCUGAGCAGGUCUGAAGGUCUGCGAUCUUCAGCUGACCUUCAGCUUCAUGCAUCUUGUCAGGUUGGACAUUCUGGACAUCAGAUGUCUUCUUCUCUGUUCUCCAUCACCUCCCCGUCUCGCUUUACAUCCCUCUGGUUGCUUAGUAGCAAGCUCCAUCUGGUUCGCUCCAUCUCUGUACAUAUCUGUGCCAACAGCUCAGGCAGACAGUGGCUUUUUGAUUUGUAAAGACAUAAACUUGCUUGCAUAUAUAAAUAAAUUGAAUUCAGACA